CCCAUCCUCAACUAACGGAGCUCUUCAUUCUAUUCUUCAAUUCUCAGCCUCCAAUCCCCCGCGCACCGCCAUCAACGCGUCUUUUUUUACCAGCGAUCCUUUACAAUCCUGGUAACCUUGCGGUCGCCCACCCACACUUUCCAUUACUUCACAUUCGCGCAUCUCGUUUGCCCACCAUGACCGGCCGUGGAGGCGGUGGAGCCGCUCGCAAGACGCUGCUUGCGCCCAUUCAUUUCAUCUUCAAGCUUCUUCAGCAACGGUCGACGGUGUCUAUCUGGCUUUACGAGCAGCUGGCCUUUCGGAUAGAAGGAAAGAUCCGGGGUUUCGAUGAGUUUAUGAACCUGGUGGUUGACGACGCAGUGGAGGUUCGGAUGGCUACUCAGACUGCUGAGGAAAAGCGGAGGCCACUCGGCCAAAUCCUCCUCAAGGGCGACAACGUCUCUCUGAUUCAGGCCGUCCAGUGAUUUCGACGGGGCGUUAAGGAAUUGAUUGAUGGGAAAGGGGGCUCUUGGUUUUGUUCUGUCGAUCUCGUGCCGUCAUACGACUUUGUUUGCAUUUCUUUACCUUUCGCUUUUCACGGAUGCCGCAGGGAUACAACUAUUGCACCUCUAGCAAAAUAGACGAACCUAUGGAUUGAUAUGACUCGCUAGUCCGGGAAAGAAUCAGUUUCGGCGCGCCAGGCACCGGUCGUCGCCGACAAUGAGCAUGUCUACAGGCCAGUCAUGAUCCGCCACCGGUAUCUCUUCAGUCGGGGGAAGCAUUUGCUCUUUGAGAGACAGGGCAACUGUGCGAGAAUUAGUUAAGGAUACUCCCUGGCUGGUUGCGUCGGUGUCAGGGUAGUUGUUACUUACCGAGGAAGGGCAACUUCGGCUUCGUUGACUCGCUUGCGGCUACCUCUCUGGAAUACCUCGUCAGAAAAUGGUCAUAAU